AAUAUUCCUAAAGUCCACCCCUGUCGUUCGCGCUCUUUUAUGCAAGUUCAUAUUUACAUACAGUGCUUUAAAUUUUUUAAAUGCGUUUUACAAAAAUUAAUUCAGUUAAAGGGGAACGUAGCGUUAGAACGAACGCAGUCGUCAGCAUCAUACAUUUAAAUAAACCGGAAAUAGUCGAAUCGGGAGGCCAUAUUGUUGCAAUUUUAAUGGCGGUUACACACUAAAACUAGUUUGACAGGUGUUUGUCGAAAGUAAAUUUAGCCGAAAGAGGGAACGUUUUGAUACCUACUUAUUUGUUAACUCUGUCAUUCAUGUUAAAGAAUAUUUUGCAAAUGAUUUAAUAUUUGUAAACACCAAGGAAUGCAUGCGGAAGUGUGUGGAUGGUGACCCUCCGGACCAGCAUGCUGAGUGGAGGAGGGGACAGGCCUAGGAACUUGUAUUUUUAUUAUGUAACUGUCUCAUCUGAGUUGUUAGUCUGAGACGGACGCUAAAAUGUCCAACUUUGACCCCGAGUACAGAAUUCGACUGGGGAAGAUAGAAGAGAGACUCAAGGACCCCAGCUCGGAUUUAAACAUCAACAGUCUCUUGGAUGGGUUGUCUGCCCUUGUCUGUGACUUAGAUCAUCCUGCCAUCCGAAGAAACAAAAGUGUCGACCAAUUCCUCGUAAAAUAUGGGAAACCCGUGGACUUUGUGAACAGUUGUCGUAUGAAACAUGCCGAUUUUGAAGUGGUCAAGGUUAUUGGGCGGGGAGCCUUUGGGGAAGUUCAGCUGGUUCGACACAAAUCAACUAGACGGGUGUAUGCAAUGAAACUCCUUAGUAAAACUGAAAUGAUUAAAAGAUCUGACUCAGCAUUUUACUGGGAAGAAAGAGAGAUAAUGGCUAAUGCUAAUAGCCAAUGGAUCGUACAGCUUCACUUUGCCUUUCAAGAUUCCAAAUACCUGUACAUGGUGAUGGACUAUAUGCCAGGUGGUGACCUCGUUAACCUAAUGAGUAAUUAUGAUGUGCCUGAGAAGUGGGCCAAGUUUUACUGUGCUGAAGUGGUCCUGGCUCUAGAUGCAAUUCACUCCAUGGGCUUUGUUCACAGGGACGUGAAGCCAGAUAAUAUGCUCCUGGACAGUGGGGGUCAUCUAAAGCUGGCAGAUUUUGGGACGUGUAUGAGGAUGGAUAAAAACAGUGGAAUGGUGAGGUCUGAUACAGCCGUUGGGACUCCUGACUACAUAUCCCCUGAGGUUCUUCAGUCCCAGGGUCGACCUAAUUUUUACGGGAGAGAGUGUGACUGGUGGUCUGUGGGGGUGUUCCUAUUUGAGAUGUUGGUGGGUGACACCCCAUUCUAUGCAGAUUCCCUGGUAGGAACAUAUGGAAAAAUCAUGGAUCACAAAAACUCCCUCAGUUUCCCCACAGACAUUGAGAUUUCAAAAGAAGCCAAAAGUCUGAUUUGUGCCUUUCUUACUGACAGAACCGAGAGAUUGGGAAGAAAUGGAAUAGAAGAAAUAAAGACACAUCAGUUCUUCAGAAAUACAGACUGGACAUGGGAUACAUUAAGACAAGCUGCACCCCCAGUUGUCCCUGAGCUCUCUAGUGAUGUAGAUACCAGUAACUUUGAAGACAUAGAAAAAGAUGACACCCCAGAUGAAUCCUUUGCUGUUCCUAAAGCUUUCGCUGGAAACCAUCUCCCAUUCAUUGGCUUCACCUACAACAAAGAAUACCAGCUUCUAUCUGAAUCUGGUCCAAGUAAUCACCAGACUAAACCAGUAAGUGAAUGCCUUGGAGGGGGAGAUGGAGACAAAAGGUUCAAACAAAUGGAGGAACAGAUCCGCUCACUGAAAGCAGCUAAAGAGGAAUUAGAGAAUAGAUACAGGAUGGCUCAGUCUGAUCUAGAGAGACUUAAUAUGGAGGAACCUCGCCUUAGGAAAGAUUGUCAAGAACUGGAGAAAAAUCUAGUCUUCCUUAAACGUGAUUUACAAGAGAACCAGAGAAAGUUAAACAUGGAGUUGGAACUGAAGAAGAACCUGCAGUCCAUGCUGAAAGACAAAGAAAAACAGUUGGAGGCUGAAAUAAAAUCUCGUAAGGAAGCUUCAAACAGCAGUCAGCAGGUCAACGAAAAAAUCUACAGUUUGGAGAAAGUGAUAUCAGAUUUAAAUGAGAAAAUAAAAACCGAGACUGAAAGUGCAAAUAAAUACAAGAAAUCGUGUUCAGAAUUACAGCAGAGGUACAAUAUAUCAGAACAGAGUUACACUGAGCUAAAUAUGAAGUACAAUGAAGUGCUAAGUGCUAAACAGUCCUUACAAAAAGAAGUGCUAGAAUUACAGUCGACAUUAGAACAUGAACGGAGCAGUAAUCGACAGGUGUCCUCACAAACGUCAGAAUUAUCAGAUCGAAUCUCAUCAUUAAUGUCAGAAAAGAGAAAAUCUGAGGAUCGGGAAAAGGAGUUGACCUUUGAACUUCAGAAGGUCAAGGACUCAGUGAUUCGAUUAGAAAAGAGUAAGAGCCACGUAGAACUGGAGUUGGAGACGUAUAAAAGGAAACUAGAGACAGAAAUCGGCAACCACCAGGAGACCAUUAAAAGGUUUAACGCCGAUAAAAAAGACAUCUUAUUGUCCAAGGAGGAGGCAAGGACCUCAGCCAUCAAUGACAUCCAAGUUAAGCUGGACCAGGAGAAAGCUGCUCGAAUUACCGUAGAGAACCAGUUACUUCAAGCCGAGAAGGAGAAAUCAGAACUGAAGGUGGAUCUGUUACAGAUGACGCAACAAGUGACAGCCGUGCAGGGCGAGCUGAAAAACGAAAAAGAAAAGUCCAAAAACUAUUCCCUACAAGUAGAGCAGGAAAUUCAGAGGAGAAAUCUGAUGCAGGGCGACUUUAAGAGCCAAACCCAUGACCUGACUCGCUACAAAACCAUGGAGAAGCAGCUUAACAAGGAAAUUGAUGACCUGAAAGAAGAAAAGAGAAAUCUAGAGGAGGAACUACGUAAAGUUAGAGAAGAUCUCUCAAUAAAUGACCUCCAGAUGAAGGAAUUACAAGACCAGCUGGAGGCAGAACAAUAUUUCUCUUCAUUGUACAGAACUCAAGUAAAAGAAUUAAAGGAAGAUGUAGAGGAUAAGGGAAAACAGUACCAGGAUGUCACCACAGACCUCGAGAGUGUCCAGCAUGAAAAGGAUUCUCUGGCUGCUCAGCUCCAGCUGUCCCUGGCUAAGGCUGAUUCCGAGGGCCUGGCCCGGUCUAUCGCAGAGGAACAGCUGUCAGACGUGGAGAAGGAGAAGACAUAUCUAGAACUGGAAAUCAAGGAGCUGAUGAAUCGCCAUAAAACAGACCUCAGCAAAAAGGAACACAUGAUUCUUGUGUUGGAGGAAUCCAAACGAGAAUUUACAAAAGAAAUCGAGGAGGUGCGGUCAGAGAAAGAGGACACAGAAAACAAGUUAAAGAAAAUCCAGGAAGAACUUCAGAAGGUUCAGUCACAGUCUGGUGGCUCAAAUACAGAAAUCGAGAAACUCAAGAAAAACUUGGAGGAAGAAAAACUCAAGAAAAUCCAGGCUGUCAAUAAGUUAGCAGAAAUAAUGAAUCGUAAAGGAUACCAGUCCAAAUCCUCGAAAAACAGCGCUGCAGAGCAGAAUAUAAAGAAAAAAGAGAAAGAGAUGAGAAAACUGCAGCAAGAUCUACAUAUGGAGAAAGAAAAGUAUAACAAGAUGGUGGAGAAAUAUUCGCGAGAUUUAUCGGAGACGCAGGCAGCACUGUUUGAGGAGGGGCAACAGAAGGGGAAGUUACAGAUGGAACUGGACGCUAAAGAAAGCGAGAUCGAGCAGCUCCGACAGAAACUCGCCGUCAUGGAUAACUUGUCUAUAAAUAGCUCUCAUAUUGAGGACGGAGAUCUUAGUAUGACCAGUACAUCCUCCAGUGAUACUUACAUGGAGGGGUGGUUAUCAGUGCCAAACAAACAAAACAUAAAGAAGUAUGGAUGGAAGAAGCAGUAUGUUGUUGUUAGCAGUAAAAAAGUGUUAUUCUACAACACAGAGGCAGAUCGACAAAAUGUCUCCGAUCCAGUUCUAGUGUUAGACAUUGAAUGUUUAUUCCACGUGAGGCCGGUCACACAAGGAGAUGUGUACAGAGCCGACUCUAAAGAUAUUCCAAGGAUAUUUCAGGUGCUAUAUGCUACAGAGGGGGAGAAUCGAAGACCAGAGGAAAUAGGUCAUGAUAAUCUCCCUCAGGACAAGUCAGCGGUGGAGAAACAUAAAGGCCACGAGUUUGUACCGAUUCAUUACCGUACUCCUACCACAUGUGAUUCCUGUAACAAGCCUGUGUGGCACAUGCUUCAUCCUCCACAAGCCCUGGAGUGUAGACGAUGCCAUACAAAGGUUCAUAAAGACCAUUUAGAUAAAAAUGAAGAAUUUGUAGGAUAUUGUAAAGUGAACUUUGAUCAGAAUAUUCAGGCCAAGGAGAUGCUGCUGUUAGCAGAAACCACUGAGAAACAGAAGAUGUGGAUUCAACACCUCAGUAAAAAGAUUAAAGGCAAAGGUUUCGCAGUCUCAGGAACAGGGGGGCCUACACGAGGCACGAGACAGUACGCUUCAUUCGGAAUUCAGGGCAGACAGCCUAAUGCCCGUUCCUCAUCAACUCUUCCAUCUAACAGUCGCCCAUCAUAGCAGCUCAACCCUUCCCAGGCUAGCUGACCUGACCCCAGGCCUGCCUAGCUCACCUGUACACUGAAAACAUUGAGUGACUGUGAUCAAAGUCACAUAACCAUUACAAAUAGUAGCUAUUAUUUAUUUAUAACAGUUAUUCUUAUACAUUCCUUGACACGUCUGUUCAUACAUUGUUCAAGGUUUCUAGCUGUCCGAAUCUGCUUAAAUGUACAUUUAUAUCAUUAUUAUGUAAAUAAAAAUGUCAAUUUUUA